AGCUACUUUCCUCUAAAAAUUGUUUCUCGCCGGAACCAUGACCUCGUCGGUUCUUCUAGAGCGUCAUCGGGCCUUUUCGAGUCUUCUAUGUAAGUUCAUAUUCUCGCGUUCUAUGGGCGGUGGUCCUCGGACCUUCCCCGGAGGCAUUAACAAGUGGCAAUGGAAGCGAAUGCAUGAGAAACGGGCUAAAGAGAAGGAGAAAAGGCUUCUCGAACAGGAGAAGCAGCUCUACCAGGCUCGAGUUCGUUCUGAAAUACGCUCCAAGCUUGCUGGUGAUUACGAAAUUUCGAAGAAUUCUGACCCUUCUACCAGUUACUCCCCAAUGAGCCCUAGUGAGCAUAUUCAUGCCCUAGCUAAUAGGUUCAUGAAAGAAGGAGCGAUUGAUUUGUGGAAUGAAGAUGAUGGUCCAUUGAAGACUCCGAUACCGAGGCCGCAAUUGCACGGAGGAUUACGACGGAUUGCAUCAAAUGAUCGGAGUGGAUUUAUUAGAUCGCCUAUUGAUGUCAAGAAGUUGUUAACGGAGAAACAUGAUGGAUUAGAAGGGCCUCAGAAUAUGGGAUUGGGAAACUUGAACGGCGAUAAUUUGAAGGGUAGGAGCUAUUCAGUGCAAACUCGAAGGAGCUUCCGCAGAAAUGAGAGCUCAUCGAGUGACGAUGACACGGGGUUUAACUCAGGUGUCGAUUCAGUAAAACCUUUUGUGCAUAAGUUAGCACGUAGCUCUGAUAAAAAUGUGAAAUCAAGAAAUCUUAACAGUGUUAGCAAUGACAGGAAGGCUGUAGCUCAGGGGAAGAUGAAAUUUUGGAGAAAAGGGAGUUCGUCAAGCGAUGAUGAUUCAGAAGACGAAAUGGAUAAUGUGGAUAAGGAUUUGAGAAGUUGGAAGGAUUUGAGAACUGGGAGUAGUGCUUCCUUGGGGAAGUUUGAUCUGAAAAAGAGGAGGGUACCUCUAAAACCAUAUGGUGAAGAAAGUGAUUUUGCUGAGCAAGUUCAGCUGCUUAGACAUGAACUCAGCAAGAAGAAUGCAGCUGAAGACGAAGGUGAUAAGAACAAGGAGACAAUUUUCACUCAGAAAAGAUUUGACGAGUGUGGCAUAUCUCCGCUGACAGUCAAAGCACUUUCUUCCGCUGGAUAUGUCCGAAUGACUCGUGUACAAGAGGCUACUCUAUCUCUUUGCCUUGAGGGGAAGGACACCUUGGUUAAGUCAAAAACUGGCAGUGGAAAGAGCGUUGCUUUUCUGCUUCCUGCCAUUGAAGCAGUUUUGAAGGCUGCAUGUAGCAGCAGUAAUCAAAGGGUGCCUCCAAUUUCUGUUCUGAUUCUCUGCCCCACCAGGGAACUUGCUAGUCAAAUUGCUGCAGAAGCAAUUGCUCUGCUAAAGUACCAUGAUGGUAUUGGAGUGCAAACGUUAGUUGGAGGCACUCGAUUCAAAGAUGAUCAGAAACGACUAGAAUCAGUUCCCAGCCAGAUUAUAGUUGCUACUCCUGGUAGAUUGCUGGACCAUGUUGAGAAUAGGUCUGGCUUGUCUGUGCGACUGAUGGGAUUGACAAUGCUUAUUCUUGAUGAAGCUGACCUGUUAUUGGACUUGGGAUUUCGGAAGGACAUUGAGAAAAUUGUUGACUGCUUGCCCCGCCGAAGGCAGUCCCUGAUGUUCUCUGCAACUAUUCCAAGGGAGGUCCGGCGGAUAUCUCAGCUAGUUUUGAAAAGGGAACAUGUCUUUGUUGAUACUGUGGGCCUUGGUUGUGUGGAAACUCCUACUCAGGUCAGGCAGUCGUGUCUUAUAGCACCACAUGAAUCGCAUUUUCAAAUUGUAUGCCAUCUUUUGAAGGAACAUAUCUCGUGCACUCCCGAAUACAAGGUUAUAGUUUUCUGUACAACAGGGAUGGUAACAUCACUCUUCUACGUGCUUUUCCGGGAAAUGAAAAUGAACGUCAGAGAGAUGCACGCCAGGAAGCCUCAACUUUAUCGAACACGUAUCUCCGAUGAAUUCAAACUGUCAAAACGGCUCAUUCUUGUUACAUCUGAUGUUUCAUCUCGUGGUAUGAAUUACCCUGACGUUACCUUGGUCAUACAGGUGGGCAUACCAUUUGACAGGGAGCAAUAUAUACAUCGUCUUGGACGAACAGGACGUGAAGGCAAAGAAGGUCAAGGUAUCUUGUUGAUUGCACCAUGGGAGGAAUAUUUCCUGGAUGCGUUAAAAGAUCUGCCUCUUGAAAGAUGCCCUCUGCCCCAGUUGGAUUCAGGCUUAAAGCUAAAGGUAGAGGAAUCAAUGGCAAAGGUUGAUACCUCCAUCAAAGAAGGUGCAUAUCAUGCAUGGCUAGGUUAUUACAACUCAAUCAGAGAAAUUGGCAGGGAUAAAACCACUCUGGUUCAGCUUGGCAAACAAUUCUCCGAGUCAAUUGGUCUUCAAAAGCCACCUGCUCUUUUCAGGAAGACAGCCCUAAAGAUGGGUUUGAAAGAUAUACCCGGCAUAAAAAUUCGGAAGUAGUUUUUGCACGGUACGAACAUCAAUUUCGUGUUCGUUUAUCACACAUAAUCAGGAAAGGAAUGAGAAUAUUUCUUGACACCCAAGGUACACAUUCAAACAGAAGUGCAAGAUCUAAGUCAUUUUGCCCAUAUGCGUGCAGGUUCGUUUAUCUUAAUCAUCGACGUGCUUCAAUCAUUUUUUUUUACCUUGCCUUUAUACUUCAUAAGCAUUUUUGCCAUUUAAUUUAGACAAGUAGCUGAAAACUGAUGAGUAGUUGUUCCUUACUAAAAUUGAAGUUGAAGCUCUAAUGUAAAUCAAUAUAAUUGAAUCCCAUAGCUACUUUAUGUAUAUUGUUCUUCUUUUGUACUCCAAACCUUUCUGUAUUACUUAAUGAAAAGUGCAAGAAAUGGACUGCUUUAAACAA